CAAUGGCUGCGCCCACAGAAGAACAUGGUUUGGGAGAAAAAACUAAGAUUGUUAAGAAGGUUCUCAAAACAAGCUGUGAAAAAAGACUUGUUGUUAUUUUAGAGAAAGCAUCUCUCGAGACAGUAAAGAUAGGAAAACAGUUUGAACUGCUCAACUGUGAUCGACACAAGCAUCUGACCAAGAAGUUCAAAAAAGACAUUUCACAGUACAGACCUGAUAUUACUCACCAAUGUCUGUUGAUGUUGAUGGACAGCCCACUGAAUAGAGCAGGUCUUCUUCAGGUCUACAUCCACACCGAGAGAAACGUCCUCAUAGAAAUUAACCCACAGACCAGGAUUCCACGGACAUUUGACAGAUUCUGUGGUCUUAUGGUCCAACUCUUACACAAGCUGAGUAUUCACGCUGCAGAUGGCCCUCAGAAGUUAUUAAAGGUCAUAAAGAAUCCGGUGAUUGAUCACCUUCCCAUCGGAUGUACAAAACUAGGCCUGUCCUUCCACGCAGAUGAAUGUGUCAGUGUGCGAGACAUAGUGCCGAAAGAAGACCCUGUUGUCCUGGUAAUAGGAGCCAUGGCUCACGGGAGUGUUGACGUGGAUUAUACAGAAAAAAACAUAUCUGUGAGUAAUUACCCUUUGUCUGGUGCUCUUACUUGUGCCAAAGUGUGUACAGCCUUUGAAGAGGUCUGGGGAGUCGUAUAGCAGUGAAAUAAACUUUUAAUACAAA